AUGGGGUCAAGCAGUUCUGCUUCCCGACAAGAAGCGCAUGUGCCACAGCCGAGUCAGCCUGCUCAGCCUGCUCAGCUGUCGCUGCCCAUUCAGAACAGACGAACGCGUGCUGUCACACUCAGCGUAGAACCCCGGGAAGGUGCGGCUGAGGUAAGUGGCGUAGGCGGGGGUGUGUGCCUGCCUAUAAAGAAUCGUCGCACGCGUGGCGUCAUCUUGGAGGCAGCCGAGUUCAAUCCAGAAAACAGAUUGGCUCCGCCUGGUUUAAAUCUUGGAAGGGGUCAAGAAGUUUCUGGGACUGGGGACAUGACGCGACGAGCCGUUCACAACCCACUUGGGCAUGCUUUUGCUCCUGACUCCCCCACUGCACUGGUACCAAGAUUACCUAGUUCUCCAGCGGCAACUUCAUCCGCACGAACAUCCUCUGUUCCAGCUUCGCCUUCGGUGAUGUCUCGCAAUUCGAGGGUGCACUUUGCUGCUUCGCCGGCUUCUGUCGUGGAGAUCACUCCGUACAGUUGGACGUCAAGGUCCUCAGCAUAUUCUCCAACUUCGCCAACAUUUGCCACAGAGGCUUCGCCGACAUCACUGAAUGCCCCGCAGGGUCAAGGCCUUUAUGCCGGAGCACCCUUACAGCAUGCAGUGGUCGUUCCGGCGGUGCAGUACGUGCAGCACUAUGCCUGGACGGCGCCAUCAGUCACAGCUCCUGCAGCGCAUCCAGUGGUUUCUGCACCUGCCUUGCCUGCCUUGCCUCUAGCUGGCGUAGCUGGGGCACAUGCAGCACCUGCGCCACCUGCGGGGCCGGCGGCAGCUCCAACCAUCGCAGUGUCUUUGCCAAAGCCCAUUGCGCCACCAGCAGCCGUGUGGCGGCGGCCUGCGUAG